AUGGGCCGCUGGCUGGGGCGGAUUGUCGUUGGACUCACGCUCUCCCUGAUUUCUUUCAUAGCCUAUUCUUCUCAGAUAUUUAUCAUUUGGCCUUGGUACGGACGAGAGCUCUCAGUCGAGCUCAUGACGCUCCUUGGCCCGUUCAACCUUCUUGUUGGAAUGCUACUCUGGAACUACUGGCUGUGUGUCCUCACCGAUCCAGGACAGGUGCCGAAGGACUGGCAACCGGAUGUUCAGUCUGAGCAUGGUUACGAAGUCAAACCUUUGACGGGCACCCCGCGAUACUGUCGCACUUGCCAAUCAUAUAAACCUCCUAGGGCUCACCAUUGCAAACAAUGCAAGCGCUGCGUGCUGCGGAUGGACCAUCACUGUCCAUGGGUUAACAAUUGCAUUGGUUUUGCAAACUACGGCCAUUUCAUCCGUUUUCUCUUCUUCGUGGACGUUGCAUGCAUCUAUCACGUCACCGUGAUUACCCGCCGUGUGUUUGAGGGCAUGGGCCGAGGCUACUGGGACGAGCCAUCUGGCGUCGAGCUUAUAUUUAUCGUCCUCAACUAUGUGACUUGCGUUCCCGUCAUAUGCGCUGUUGGUGCCUUCAGCAUCUAUCACUUCUAUUGUUUGCUCGCCAACAGCACAACGAUAGAAGGUUGGGAAAAGGACAAAGCUGCUACAUUAGUGCGACGCGGCAAAAUACAGGAGAUCAAAUUCCCAUAUGAUUUAGGUUACAAAAGCAAUGUCGUGUCCGUUCUCGGUAGCAAUCCUCUCUUGUGGUGCUGCCCCACAGUACCGCCUGGAAAUGGGCUAAAAUAUGAUAUGACCACGGAUUAUGGUGAGUGGAUGGAACUCCAAUCUUCGAGUCACGCGGGCGGAGUCCACGGGUUUGGAGCGGCGGGAAAGCGAAUCGUCGAGCCAUGAUGGUGUGCCAUACCAGAGUCCCGUCCUAUGGUGUAUUCUAUAGGUGUGCGAUGUGCUAUGCGAUACGAUAAUAUAUGCCAAUGAGCAACCCACAUGGCCUCCGCGUGAUCCUACGGAAUCCGACCCACAACAGCAUGGUUUCAAGCUUCCAGAGACGCCGUGGGUCUACGGCAACGGAGCGCUCAACCCUCACCUUGACCCCUCUCAAGCGCGGCGCCGCAGGUCAAGACCGCUACAGCAAAUCAAGGGACCCCAAGCCAUAUCUGACGUCCCGCCUUGGCAUCCGGAUUACAACGACCCAGCGGGUAUCUCAGGAUACGCGCCAUCUGAGUCGGAUCGGUCAGCCACAGAGGACGAAGAGUGCGAUGAACGAGCUGUGGCGUACGAACAACCUGAACUUCCUCGGCCCAGAGUUCGUCGCGGUUCCGAAGGGUACGAAGUACGACCGAUGAAUCGUGAGCAAAUGCUAGAGGAGUAUGUGCAAAGUCAUAUGUUCGAGGCUGGACGAUAUCAUUAUUAUGAGCGGGAACCCGAAAGCGGGAGCUCAGAUGAUGACGCUGAAGGAGAAGAGGACACUAUGCCGUUAUCGCGGGAAUAGACGUACUGCUAGUAUAUUGCACACAUAAUGAAUAAGAGCCUAAAAUCACAGAAAACACCCAUACAUGCGAGACGGUGAUGGUCCAUUGACGGAGCGGAAGUUAUUCAACGAGAUCAUGCAAAGAGGUACACUUUCCAAGUAUUACCACCUUUCUCUCCCACCUCGAGCACAUUCGCACCGGCGGAUACCUCCGUGUGCCAAGUAAGGUCCCCUUCAGACGCGUUGAGCUGGUUGCCAUUCAGUUUCACUAGUAUAUCCUCAGGCGAGGGCAUAGGAGGAUCUUUCACCGGAACCUUGACGCCGUUCUGAGUUUUCACCUUGAUCGGCGUCUUUGGCGCAUCUGAGGAACUGUCCUUCGGUUUCCUCUUCGGAGGUCGUCCCGGACCACGACUCUUGCCCUUCUUCUGACUCAUGGGUGCAUCCUCUUCAUACUCCUCCACUCCGUUUCCCAUUCCCCCACCUUCGUCCUCGUCAUCGCUCGCGUGCUCUUCGGGGCCCGAAAACAACACGUCUUCUACGCUAACAUUCUUCUCUGUGUGAGCCAGACGAAGCACCCAGCUUGACACCCCUUCGCGAUGUUGCAGUCGCAACCUCCGACCGUGUGGUUGCGUUAUCAAGGACACGGAGCGCAACAGCCGUUGCGAUGAGUCGGUGGAUGAUCCGGAUGACUCGGACACCGCAGGCGGUACUGCAGGAGAUGCAGUAGCACCAUUUGUCACCACAGGGGAGCUUGCCGCGGCCAAAAGAGGUUGAUAAUUGCUUGGAUAAUAAUGCGGAUAAGUGCUCGUCGAGGCGGCGUAUUGCGGGGGAGGGGCGGCGCUAGCACUUGGACCUCGGUUUGCCAUCACAGGAAGGCUCGUCGAAGAAGAUGGGGCAACAGCAGGGGCGAUGGUAGGGUAUGCUGCGGGAAUCGUGAUAGCAGCAGUAUUCGGUAUUCCUUGUCCUCCAGGCAAACGAACGAGGGGAGCUUGACCGGAGUUAUCCGCCUGCUGGAUGGGAGCUAAAGGUGUAGCUGGUAUGCUAGGCUUGAGUUUAAUCUUCGGAGCAGGCGCGUAUUGGGGUAGAGCAAACUCGGCCGGCAGCUCGGACAUGAGUUUAGCGAAGAACGUCCUGAGGGAGACGGCGUCUUCCCAUAUCGGCGUAUGAUCGGCAUUGAAUUCAAGGGCAUUAUCGAAGACCAACUCGACGUCUGCCGCGAAGUCCGCUGAAUUUGUAUAUUCCUUACGCUUGACCUUUUUGAAGAUGAAUUCGAAACACAUAGGUUUCUUGAUCACCUUGUAGUACUCCGGCCAGAGUUUCUUCGAAGGUAGCUCCAUGAAUUCGGUGGAGAGUACACGGCCAUUCUCGUCGGUUUUCGAAACCAAUUUCUGCAUCUUUGCCUUCAUCUGUCGGUAUAGGUUGGGUACCUUCUGUCUUUUCUCGCCUUCCCCUUCGCCCCCUUCGCCAUGGGCAUCGUCGUGAGCUUCUUCCUCUUCUUGGCCGGUCAUCUUCGCGUAUUCUUUCUUGACGAGUUUAUGCAGAUGUUUGGCAUCCUUCCAUAUCUGACUCUCCCUCAUGUUAUACUUCUUCGCAUUGGCAAAACACUGCUCGAGAUCCUGCUUGACGUCCUCCAGAGAUUCGUACUGUCCGCUGUCAAGUUGCGAUUUGAUGUUCUUCAGUGCUAUCGGUCGUUUGAUGAGCUGGUAGUAGUCGGGAUAUUGCCGUUUGGACGGUAGCUGCAGGAAGCUGUGAGAGAGAGUUCGGCCUUCUUUGUUGACCGCAUCCUUAACCGUCUGCCAAAGCUUCAGCCCCUGCUCCUUGACCUCCUCAUCCUUCUCCGUGUCUCCCCCCACUGAUACUGCCUGCUGCUGCUCUUCAUCCUCGGUCUUCACUACAUCUAUCAAUUCUCCUCCUGCCUCUUCUUCUGGCGGACUAGAGGCUGUGCCUGCACGGUGUCGUUUCGCUCGCGGAGCAUCGACGUCCACCGCGGCGCCGUUGGAGAUCGCGCCGAGCUCGCGCUUCGACAUGGCCACGGAUUAUCUGCGCUUGCGUUGGUCACUUGGGAAGGUAGACGUUCGCUAUCUGACCUGCGCGGUGCCGGGUUUGGGCUAUCUGGGC